GUGCGCCUCCAUGACAGUAUUUCAGAAGAAGGCUUUCAUUAUCUUGUUUUUGACCUGGUCACAGGUGGAGAGCUGUUUGAAGACAUUGUAGCGAGAGAAUACUACAGUGAGGCAGAUGCCAGUCACUGUAUUCACCAGAUUCUGGAGAGUGUCAACCACAUCCACCAACAUGACAUCGUCCACAGAGAUCUUAAGCCUGAGAACCUGUUAUUGGCCAGCAAAUGCAAGGGGGCUGCCGUGAAACUGGCUGACUUUGGUCUUGCCAUUGAAGUCCAGGGAGAACAGCAAGCAUGGUUUGGUUUUGCUGGCACACCAGGCUACCUCUCCCCAGAGGUAUUAAGGAAAGACCCUUAUGGAAAGCCAGUUGACAUAUGGGCCUGUGGGGUCAUUCUGUACAUAUUAUUAGUGGGUUAUCCUCCUUUCUGGGAUGAAGAUCAACAUAAGCUCUACCAGCAAAUCAAAGCUGGAGCAUAUGACUUCCCUUCACCUGAGUGGGAUACAGUGACCCCGGAAGCAAAGAAUUUAAUCAAUCAGAUGCUGACAAUAAACCCAGCAAAACGCAUCACAGCAGACCAGGCUCUGAAGCACCCAUGGGUCUGCCAACGAUCAACAGUGGCCUCAAUGAUGCACAGACAAGAGACUGUAGAAUGCCUGAGGAAGUUCAAUGCACGGAGAAAGCUUAAAGGUGCAAUUCUCACUACAAUGCUGGUAUCUCGAAAUUUUUCAGCUGCCAAAAGUCUAUUAAACAAGAAAACAGACGGAGUCAAGCCACAGACCAACAACAAAAACAGCAUAAUAACCCCAGCAAAAGAAAACCCCCCAUUGCAGACAACAAUGGAACCUCAGACAACUGUUGUUCAUAAUGCCACAGAUGGGAUAAAAGGAUCAACUGAGAGCUGUAAUACCACAACUGAAGAUGAAGACUUGAAAGCUACCCAGUCUUGCGAGGAGAAAGUUCUAGCCUGGGAAAGCCCGGGUCAGACUUUGGAGAUAGAGCAUGCCCAGCCUGAGCCAAUGCUCACUCCAGUUGUACCAUUUUCACUUAGCAAUUCGCUGUUGCGAAAACAGGAGAUUAUAAAGAUCACAGAGCAAUUGAUUGAAGCUAUUAACAAUGGAGACUUUGAUGCUUACACGAAGAUAUGUGACCCUGGCUUGACUUCAUUUGAACCUGAAGCUCUUGGUAACCUUGUUGAAGGAAUGGAUUUCCAUAAAUUUUAUUUUGACAAUUUGUUGUCCAAGAAUACUAAGCCUAUCCAUACUACCAUCCUGAAUCCCCAUGUGCAUGUAAUUGGGGAAGAUGCAGCCUGUAUUGCUUAUAUCCGACUUACACAAUACAUUGAUGCCCAGGGACGACCUCGUACUACACAGUCAGAAGAGACAAGGGUCUGGUAUCGUAGAGAUGGCAAGUGGUUGAAUGUCCACUAUCACUGCUCUGGGGCCCCAGCUGCCCCCCUUCAGUGA